AUUUCUGGAAGUACCUCCAGUGUUCCCUGUCCACCAGAACAUCAGUUUGGACCAGCACACCCUAGAACUUCUCCAGAUAAAGGAGGAACAGGAGGAACUGUGGAUCACUCACACGAGAGGCCAACCUACUGCGAAGGGGGAAGAUGAUGAGAUACCUCAGUUGUCACAGCUUCAUCACAUUAAAACUGAAGACAAUAGAGAGACUGAAGCUUCAGCCAGCAGCUCAGCUGAACUAAUGAAAACAGAACUUGAUGAAGAGGAGUGUGGGGGACAAGGACUACAUUCAAAAUGCUCCCUAGAGUUAAAAACUGACGAGAUUACUUCGGAUUCUUCUGUGACUGAAGUCACUGAUGACGAUGAUUGGCAAGGUCCUUUGUCAGGAUCAGAACCUGAAUAUAAGGAUCAGAGCUUCAAUAUUCAGAAGACCACAAAGCCUCAGUUAGAGUCUGGUAAAAAAAUUGUCUCCAAGUUGUCUCUUCGGGAUGGAAAAAGCUCUUCCCUCUGUUUGGUUAACCAGAAAUGUCCUGGAGUCAAAAAAAACGUGGAUUCUCCACCAGUCCAUGGCAGUUACAAAUUGUUUUGUUGUGAUGUUUGUGGAACACAAUUUACCAAAAAGGGAAAUUUGGAGAAACAUAUGUUGGUUCACAAACAAGAAAAAACAUUUACCUGUGAAGAAUGCGGUAAAAGCUUCAAACGACCUUUACAGCUUACUGUUCACCUUAAAAUUCACAGAGGUGAGAAGCCUUAUUCUUGUGAAUUUUGCAGUAAAGGGUUUAUAGUAAAAGGUGCUCUGCAAGCACACAAGAGGCUCCACUUAGGAGAGAAGCCAUUUGGUUGUGAUAUUUGUGGUAAAACCUUUCAUUUAAGGAGCAUUCUGAAAAUGCACAUGAAGGUGCACUCGGUGGAGAAACCCUUUCAUUGUACAGUGUGUGAAAAACGAUUCAAAUGUCCAUAUAUUCUUAAAAAGCACAUGAGCCUCCACUCUGGACUGAAGCCAUUUGUUUGUGGUGUUUGUAGUAAAGCAUUUUCACAAGAAGAAACUCUAAAAACACACAUGGUCGUUCACACUACAGAAAAACCAUUUCCGUGUGAUAUCUGUGGAAAAAGCUUCAAAUAUAUGUCCUACGCUCGAAAACACAAACUGUUUCACAGUGAUGAGAGCAAACACAGCUGUGAUAUCUGUGGUAAAACGUUUAUUUUAAAGCCUGCACUCAAGGCCCACAUGAGGAGUCACACUGGGGAGAAACCAUUCUCCUGUGAUGAUUGUGGAAGACAGUUUCAUGUUAAGGCAAACCUUAAACAGCACAUGAGGGUCCACACAGGCGAGAGGCCAUUUGCCUGUGAUGUUUGUAGUAAAACAUUUAGUAGAAAGACCCAUCUUACAGUGCACACACGGAUACACUCGGGAGAAAAACCGUUUUUCUGUAACAUUUGUGAAGAAAAAUUCAGAUUUCAGCACAAUCUCAAAACGCACAUGAGGGUCCACACAGGAGAAAGGCCUUAUGUUUGUAGCUUUUGCUCUAGAGGAUUUUCACGACAAGAGCAUUUAAACAAACACAUUGCUAUUCACACAGCGGAAUAAGUUUAUCUUUUGUCAUUGUGGCCAAAAUCUAACGGUGUGAAAAUAGUUCCAUAGAUUGUUGGUUAAAAUUGCAGGAAAUGCUAACUAAAACCUUAAAUUAUUCAGGAGAGAUUAUAACGAACUGAUCAGGUGGUUAUAUUUAAGCAAACUAAAGACAGCUAGACUGUCUUUAUUUAAGCAAACUAAAGACAGCUAUAUUUAUCAUAAACAAGGUUUAUGAUAAAUAUAAUUCAGCCAUUUUUUUUAUUUUACUGUUUUAGACAUCAACAUUCGACAUAGGUUGCAUGUGGGCAAAAAAAAAAAAAAUCUGAUUUAGGUUGCAUUUACCUGUUGUGUGAAAUUGGCCUCAGAUGUCUUAAAAGCACCUCACUGAUGUUAUUUCAACUACAGGGGCUAGGGCUGUUUAUUUAGAGGUUAGAGAUCUAAACCUUUCCUAUGCUAGACAUUUUUUUUGUUCAUCUUGUUUUAAUGAGUAAAUUAUAUAAUUAAAUUAUAUUCUGUUCCAGUGGUAAAAAAAAAAAAAAUAAUUUACACCUUAAUGCAUCCAUCUAUUUUUAACUAAAGUAACAUUUAAUAGCUUUCAUGAGCUUAAUAUUUUCACAACUGUUUAUAUUAUUGUUUCAGAGUGAUUUGUAUGUGGGAUAAUGAAGACAUGAUUGGUGAAGUUGUGUUAAUUCAAGUAUAGCACCUUCGAUUCAGCUCUACAAAUUUAUAAGAUUUUAUCCAGCUUCAUAGUAAGGUCCGCUGGCUAUCAUGAUUCACAAACCUGCAGGUUAUACAUUUAGUCAGUCUUUUAAAUGUCAGCUUCAAAACUAAGUUCUUCAGUGCAUUACAAGGUGCUAUUGAAGUAAUUUAUUCCUAUAUAUGAAAUAUGUUGGAGCAGAAACGUUUCAAUCAUGCAUAGCAGAAUGUCCUAGUGUUUCUCAGAAGGUGGACGUUUUGCUCCUUUAAGAACAUUUUACCUUUUUACUUCAGUGAACCAUAUAUGAAAUGAGUGUUCAUUUCAAUUUUUAAAUCUGAAAUGAAUUUGUAUAAAUUGCAAAUAAAACAUUUUUUGUUCA